CCGGCCACCGCCCGCCGAGCGUCUCCCCUUCCGAUUACCAUCGUCGCCGAUAUGCCACAGCAGAGGAGAGGUAGACCAGUAGAGCUGUAUGCGCGUGGUCCAUGGCCAAGCUCGGGCAUCCUCCACGGCUGCCGCAUUGGCGUAUUGCAUAUGGUUGUGGGACUGGAAAAGGGGUUGCGUGCGGGGCGACGAGAGUCCGAGGGCGCGGAGGACGACGCGGUAGAAGAAGAAUGGGGGCGGAGGCGGACGCGGGGAAGUCGGGUGGCGGAGGUGCCGAUGGACCCGGCGCGGCGAUCGUUGGGGAGAGCGGGAGAGAUUCUCGCGGAGGUGCGGAUUUGCCAUUUGCGGGUGCGAGGCGCUGGAGAGGAAGGAGAGGUGGGGUUUGACGCGCGGUGCGCCUGCGGCGGCGCGGGUUCCUCGGGUGAGGGGUGCUAAUUUGGAGCUGGCGCGAAGACGGGGGCCGAGCUCGGUUGGUUGGGCAGUGCUGGCGUAGAGGCGGAGGCGGGGGCGGGGCCGCGUCGGACGGAUGGACGCUGGAGGGCUCGGAUUCCUCGUCGCGGGCUCCCGGCGCGAGUUCGUCGUCCUCAACGUCGACGAUUUCUCCAAGCAAGGAUCUUCACAAGGCUGUCCAGACUACAUCUGUCAGAUAUGCGGAGAUGAUAUUGACAUACUACAAGAAGAAAAUGAGUAUUUCGUCGCGUGCAAUGAGUGUGCUUUCCCUGUUUGCCGUACUUGUUAUGAGUAUGAGCGUCAGGAGGGCUCACAAGUAUGCCCUCGGUGCAAGACCCGGUACAAACGCCACAAAGGUAGUCCUCGAGUCCAUGGAGAUGAGGAAGAAGAAGGUUCAGAUGACAUUGAGAGUGAGUUUGCUUCCAGUAUAGCUGGAAGAUCAAGUACAGUGCAUCCAUACCGUGUCUCAGUUGCAGAAAGCUCCAUCAACUCAUGGGACAUCGAUAGUGUCAGUAUUACAAAUAGUGGAGCAAGUGUCCAUUUCUACGAAGAGCAUGUAGGAACUCCAACAAAUCAUCAUGCUCUUGUUGUGCACCCUAACACUGGAGAGAUUAUGCGAUGUAAUCCUUUAAGAACAAGACCAAUAAAUCCCAAUAGAGACCUGGCUCUUUACGGCUAUGGAUCUGUUGCCUGGAAGAACAGAGUUGAGUGGAAAAGAAAGCAACAGCACAAAAUGCAAAAAGUUUCAUCUGAUGGUGAAGGAUCUGACCUGAAUGAUUUUGACAGCGAUCGCGAUACUCCCAGGUGUGCUGAAAGCAAGCAACAACUAUCAAGGAAGUUGCCUAUUCCAUCUAGCAAAAUAAACCCUUACAGGAUUGUAAUCAUUUUGCGGCUGGCCAUUCUUGCCUUAUUUUUCCAUUAUCGGAUUCUGAAUCCUGUUCAUGAUGCUUACUGGUUGUGGUUGACUUCAGUUAUCUGUGAAAUUUGGUUUGCUUUUUCAUGGAUUUUGGACCAAUUUCCCAAGUGGUACCCAAUAAAAAGAGAAACAUACUUAGAUCGAUUAUCAUUAAGGUACGAGAAGGAAGGAAAACCAUCAGAGCUGGCCCCAAUUGAUAUAUUUGUCAGUACAGUUGAUCCGAUGAAGGAACCUCCUUUAAUCACUGCAAACACAGUUUUGUCCAUAUUGGCUGUGGACUAUCCUGUUGAUAAAGUUUGUUGCUAUGUGUCGGAUGAUGGAGCUGAAAUGCUUACUUUUGAAGCACUUACGGAAACAUGUCUAUUUGCACGAAAGUGGGUCCCUUUCUGUAAGAAGCACAAAAUUGAGCCUCGGGCUCCUGAAUGGUAUUUUGCUCAGAAAAUUGACUAUCUAAGAGAAAAAGUUCAUCCGGAGUUUGUUCGAGAACGUCGGGCAAUGAAGAGAGAAUAUGAAGAAUUUAAGGUUCGUAUAAAUGCGGUGGUUGCUAAUUCACAUAAAGUUCCCGAGGGAGGAUGGUCCCUGCCAGAAGGAGGUCCGUGGCAUGGAAAUAAUGUUCGAGACCAUGCCGGAAUGGUUCAGGUCAUCACUGGCCAUGAUUGUGUCAUGGAUGAUGCUGGAAAUAAGUUGCCUUGGUUGAUUUAUGUUUCUCGAGAGAAAAGGCCUGGAUAUGAUCACCAUAAAAAGGCUGGUGCCUUGAAUGCAUUGCUGCGAACGUCAGCAGUUCUCUCAAAUGCACCUUUUGUCCUGAAUGUGGAUUGUGACCACUACAUGAACAAUAGCAAAGCACUACGGGAGGCAAUGUGUUUCCUAAUGGACCCAGUUUUGGGAGAGAAAAUUUGUUACGUUCAGUUUCCACAGAGAUUUGAUGGCAUUGAUCAACACGAUAGAUAUUCAAACCACAAUGUUGUGUUUUUUGAUAUUAAUAUGAAAGGUCUUGAUGGGAUCCAAGGACCAAUAUAUGUCGGGACAGGUUGUGUUUUCAGAAGGCAUGCUUUGUAUGGAUAUGAUGCCCCAACUGCAACAAAGCCUCCCAGCAAGACAUGCAACUGCUGGCCUAUCUCAUGCUGCUUGUGCUGUGGAUCAAAAAGAAAAUGUUUGAAAGCUAAGAAAAAGCAAGAAAACCAAAAGAAAAUGAAAUGCAGGGAUGCAUCUAAGCAAGUACAUCCUUUGGAAGUAACUGAAAUAGGCGGAGAAAAUGCGGCUCUGGUGCCUCAAGAAAAGUUUGAGAAGAGAUUUGGGCAGUCACAUGCAUUUUUGGCUUCGACAUUGCUAGAGAAUGGUGAAGGUUGUCGCUUUGACAUGCUCAAAAGUCUUGAUGAUUGCAUCCAUGUGCUAAGUUGCGGGUACGAGAAUAAGACACAAUGGGGGAAAGAGGUUGGUUGGAUUUACGGAUCUGUCACGGAGGAUAUCCUCACAGGCUUCAAGAUGCAUUGCCAUGGUUGGCGAUCUGUUUACUGCAUGCCAAGGAGACCAGCAUUCAAGGGAUCAGCUCCUAUCAAUCUUACUGACCGUCUCCAUCAAGUUCUAAGAUGGGCACUUGGUUCUGUGGAGAUCUUUCUUAGCAAGCACUGCCCUAUAUGGUAUGGGUAUCGAUGUGGUCUGAAACCAUUGGAGAGAUUGUCAUAUAUCAACUCUGUCAUAUAUCCAUGGACAUCAAUUCCGCUGAUAAUUUACUGUGCUUUGCCAGCAUUUUGCCUCUUAUCAGGGAAGUUUAUGGUGCCUGAGAUGAAUAUCUAUUCGAGCAUAUUGUUCAUAGCUCUAUUUGUCUCCAUAGCAGCUACCAGCAUCCUUGAGAUGCAGUGGGGUGGAGUCCGCAUAGAUGAUUGGUGGAGAAAUGAGCAGUUUUGGGUUAUUGGUGGUGUCUCCUCGCAUCUCUUUGCCCUGUGCCAAGGGCUUCUUAAAGUUCUUGGCGGUGUAGACACAAAGUUCAGGGUUACUCUGAAGGGAGGCGACACGAAUGACUUCUCGGAGCUGUAUGAGUUCAAGUGGACCUGGCUAUUGGUUCCUCCAAUGACAUUGCUCUUGCUCAAUGUCGUCGGAAUCUUGGCCGGUGUAUCCAAGGCAAUCACGGAUGGAUACGAAUCCUGGGGUCCGCUGCUCGGCAAGCUGUUCUUCUCCUUCUGGGUUAUCCUCCAUCUCCACCCGUUCCUCAAGGGCGUGAUGGGCAAGCAGGACAGGGUGCCGACCAUCAUUGUUGUAUUCUCGGUGCUAUUAGCAGCCAUAUUCUCUCUUUUGUGGGUCCGUGUAAAUCCGUUCACCGUAAAGUUUGAUGGCCCGGUUCUAGAGGUCUGUGGCUUGGAAUGUGAAUGAGAAAUAGAACAUGCAGUUUAGGAAGUUUAGAUUUUCUUUUUCACAGUGUUAGCGUAGUGGUAUUCUUUCAUUAGGUACUCCUUUCUUCUCAUUCUUUGGUGAUAACUGAUUAGUAUAGUAAAGCAAUGUUUAGGGAGAUAUAUGUUAGUAAAAAAGGAAUGGAAAAAGGGAGAAGAUAGUGCUGACAUUGUAGAUAUUGACACAGGCUGAAUAGACUUACAUUUUGGUAC